CUGGCUUGUCUGGAGAUCCUGUCUGCUGGUUACUGGCAGCUUGUGAUUAUAGCCCCACUCAAUUCUUAUGUUACAGGCUAGUAAUGAGAUAAAUCACCGCGGCACAAUCAUAUGAUUUAUCUUGCGGGUUAGUUCGAACGUUCAAAGUACGAAAUCACGCGCGGAGUUUGAAAAUGGCCGAGCAUUCCUACGAGUAGCGCGCGACAACUUUCAUUUCCGACACAAGCUCGGCCUAGUAUGGGCCCCUCCACAGUCAACGGGCUUAAGUAUUAAUUCCUGGACUUCGUAGUCAUGCCGCUACCGCUAUAAAUCUCCCAAUAGAUCAAAUAUCGAAUUCAUCGCGACAAUGAAGGCCUUGCUUACUAUUGCUGUACCUGGCUCUCCAUCAAGCCUCUGGACAACAAUUCGUUCAGCUGGCGCGUUCAAUGUCGCUUGUUCAUUUGUGGCACUGUGGACUUUCGUCAAAGUGAUAAGGGCACUUCGAUGGCGAUUGAGGACGACUCAACUCCGUGGUCCACCUCGUACCAGCUUCAUAUACGGUGUUUUGAACGACCUCGUCUCAUCUAAAGACAGUGCUACAAUGUAUGAACAUUGGGCGCAGGAGUAUGGAGUAGUGUACAUGAUUCCGUCUGUCUUCGGACAGACCAGAAUCGUGCUAACUGACCCAAGAGCCGUCGCACAUUUUUAUGCCCGAGAAUCAUGGACCUAUGUGCAGACGCCACUUUCUCAGGCGCUAACAGAGAACAUGAUCGGCAGAGGCAUAAUAUGGUCUCGGGGUGAGAGUCACAGAAGGCAGCGGAAGACUCUUACUCCGGCGUUCAGUAAUGCAGCUAUUCGGAAACUCACAUCAGUGUUUUAUGAUUCAGCAUAUAAGGUCAAGAGUGCAUGGGACACCGAUGUAGAAUCGAGCAAGGAUGGGAAUGCUGUCAUCGAAGUUCAAAACUGGAUGAAUCAUUUCUCUUUGGAUACGAUUGGCAUUGCUGGUUUCUCCCAUGAUUUUGGCUCACUCGACGGAAAGCAUGCCAGCGUUACGGAAGUCUUCGAUACUUUCGGAAACAACUCACAGGCCUCAGCAAUAAACCAACUUUUUUUCCUGUUCGCGUCGGCGUUUCCUAUCAUUGUCAAGAUACCUACUAAGCGGACGACGCUGGCGAAGAAACUUAACGUAACUAUGGGCGAAAUAUCCAAUGACUUGUUACUUCGUAGUCGCCGGGAGAAGGAUGUGAAUAUGAAAGAGGCAGAAGAAGAAAAAUCUGUCAUCGGACUGCUGAUGAAAGCUGAAGGUCAAGAAGCUGAGCUUCAUAUGUCCGAGGAUGAAGUAUUGGCUCAGAUGAAGGUCUUGCUUCUUGCGGGUUACGAAACGACGUCAAUCACUCUUACGUGGGCACUGAUCGAGUUAUCGCGACACCCCGAUGUCCAAACCAGACUCAGAGAGGAGCUGCUCGCAUUUGGUCCUGAUCCGACAUACGACCAAUUGAAGGCCAACCUCCCAUACUUGGAUGCGGUUGUCCAUGAAAUCCUACGACUUUAUCCUGCAAUAUCCGAGUUCACUCGCCUUGCACGCGAAGAUGACGUUAUUCCCUUGAGCGAACCUGUGUGCACGGAGUCCGGGAAAAUGAAGGACAGUAUAUCUAUAGCGAAGGGGUCAUCGAUGGUGAUCUCAAUCAGGGCAAUCAAUCGCUCUUUGGCCAUCUGGGGACCUGACGCAAAGGAAUUCAAGCCUGAUCGUUGGCUGACUGAAAACGGCAUCAGUGGCAAGGCCAAGGAAGUCCAAGGUCAUAGGCAUCUGCUGACAUUUGUCGACGGCCCGAGGACGUGUCUCGGAAAAGAUUUUGCGAUCACCGAAAUGAGGGUGGUAUUGUCGGUUCUGAUGAAGAACUUUGUGUUUGAGAUGCGGGAUGGACCGGAUACUCAGGUCGAGAUUGUGAGGGGAAUUUUGCCUCGCCCGCGGGUUGUUGGAGAGGACGGUAUUGGAGUGCCUUUGAGAGUUCGUCGGUAUGAAUGAUUGGUUGCAUUGCGCUGGAGGAUUCGAAUACUUUCUCGCUUAUCUGCGGCCUGAACUCUUAAACAAUUUAUUCAGAUAGGCAGGUUAGUUUCAUAUGGACUCUGUAUAGUUCUGUAUGUGGUGAAAGGCUGGUAAUGAAAUUUACAUGCAUAAUC